GCGCAAAUUGAUUGCAUGCUUCACAUGACACGCUUCUCUGCCUGAGCCACUUCCCCUGCAGCCUGCUCUCCCACAUGGCCAUCCGAGGUAUCUUGUUGGGGACGUCCCUCUCCAGACGGCCAAGAAAGCUCUGCAGUGCUUCACUUACCUGAUCACUUGCAGUUGAAUAGAGCGCAUUGAGCUUGCUAGCUGCUUUGGCGCUCACAAUGGCCUACAACGAAGUGCAGCUCUUUGUUGUGGAGCUAGUGGGCACUGCCCUUUCUGUUUUGUUCGGGCUGGGGGCCGUUGCAAACGCUCUUCUGCCUGGUACAAAAGGCCACGGGUUUGGAGUCAUGGGCAUUGCAUUAUGCUUCGGGUUUGGAGUAUUUGUGGCGGUUCAGGCGGUGGGACACGUGUCUGGCCUUCUCAACCCCGCCAUCACUUUUGGUGUCGCCGUCGCAGGCCGCAUGACAUGGAAACGAGCCGGUAUCGCCAUCUGUGCUCAAUUCAUUGGGGCGUUCCUGGCGGCGCUGAUCACAUGGGUGGUGUACCUGCCUCACUUCCAGCCCCUUACAGGCUGCAUUCAGGAGUCCAUCUCGGACGAGAUGCUUGCGCGAGAGCAUCCCGAGACGCCGCGACAGAAGAAGGUACACGUGUUUCAAGAGAUGACCUCAAAAGCACGCAGAUACGCUUCCUCAGGGCGGGCGCCCUCUACACGUGACGUGCUUCGACACGAUUCCGAGGGAGACGUUUUGAAAGGAGUCCACAUCCACUCAGGAAAGCACACGUGGCACGUGUUCCAGUCCCUUAACAAUUGCAUAAAAGCACGGCCCGAAAAGAGCGGCGCGAUCGAGGACUUGGAAAUGACCAGCAAGCCGGGGCUGCCAGCCCCAAAGCUCGACUUAGAUGCGACGGUGGCACGCAAGCAGCGCAUCAAGCUGGACGAGCGCAUCCGCGAGGACCAAGAGGUAAAGCUGGUGGUCUUCGCAACGAGGCCCUCUACGCUGGAGCCUUUUCACUGGACGGCCCUGCUCGCAGAGGCGGUGAUGACGUUCGUGCUGACGUACGGGGCCCUGGCCAUCAUCGACCGGGAGGUCGUGUUUGGCGCAAACGAGGUUGCGAAGACGGCGUACAAGGCGCAGGUGCCGUACCUGAUAGGGGUCCUGGUGUGGGCAGUCAUCCUGGCCGGAGGUGGUGUGACGGGCCCCGCUUUGAAUCCGGCGCGCGACCUGUCGCCCCGAAUUGCCCACUUUCUCUUGCCGAUCCCUGGGAAGGGGUCCUCCGAGUGGCACUACGCCUGGGUACCCGUCAUCGGGCCUGUCAUCGGGGCAACUCUGGGGGCUUUGUUCGCUGAAGCCAUGAAGAAGUUGCACGAAAGCGGACUCUGAUACCGGGGGAAAGCGUAAGGAUCGUCAAAAGUUGGUUCUCGACUGUUGAGUGAAGACGGAGUGUCCCCUUCGUGUCCCUCAGUCGCACUCUAACGACGAUAUGAGAAGGAGAUCAGCAAUCAGUAGGGACACUUGCAAAAAGUCAAGACAGUCACGCUAUACCAGAUACAUUGGUUUGGGUGGAUACUUAUAGAUGCAGGGACCUGGUCCUAUUGACCAGGAGCAGCAUAUGAAAUGCUCUAAGUGACAGCAUUUGUUAGCAAGCAACAGACUCGAAAUGUUAGGCGCCCAAUACGCGUGCGUCUGUGCAAUUCUUCAAGGAGUACAGGUCAGGGUAUCCAUUACUAGCUAGUGGACACCUCCGAACAAAGUAGCUACAUGGUUAGGAUCUUGUGCAGACCAUUCAUAUACGUUUGACUUCCAAGAAACAUGGACUCACGGACAUCACAAUAUAACAUUAUCGUACGUCCAGCAGGGCCGGCGCCAUCAUUCAAGAUACUGAGCAUGAC